GUGCCAAGUGCAUUAAAAAUAGAUAGAAAAUACAUAAAAAGAAUUCUUAAUUAUGAAAAUAAUCAAAAUACGUGCAUAAUCAAUUUUCGUUCUGCUAUUAAACACCAAAAAUUCAAAGUAGCUGCAAACUGCAACAGCUGCAAAUCAACAGCAAAAAUAAAAUACAAAUACAAGAAGAAUAAAUGAAAAAAAAUUCACUCAAAAAGCAACGCAAUUUGUGUCUCUGUGUACGUGUCUGUGUCUGUGCCUGUGUGUGUGUAUGUCUCUCUUGCUCUCUCACUGUAUCUAUUGUCAUAUAAGAAGAAUCAAUACAACAGCAAUAAGUAAAAAAUUCAAAGCAACAAAUAUCCAAUCAAAACAAAUGUGUAACAACAACAACAACUGCAGCUACAAAAUACUAAACAUAUAUUAAUUACUAUAUAUGUGUGUGUACAUAAUAAAUCUACAUCUUGAGAAAAUGAGGUGCUGCUGUUGUGCAAAUAUAAGCCAAGAACUAUGACGCAUCAAAAUCAUCAGACAAACGGCGCAAGUUUGGAGGAUUGCCAUACAAACUUUUAUGCCUUGACUGAUUUGUGUGGAAUUAAAUGGCGCAAGUUCGUUAAUGGCGAACGUCCAAAUGCAUCGAGUGAUCCUUUGGACGAUCCAAUUCUCCGCUCCUAUUCACGAUGCAUGCAGGCGGAUAUGUUGUGCGUGUGGCGGCGCGUGCAAUCCACCAAGCAGGACAACUCCGAUCCGAAUGCCUUAAACUUUGAGAUUACCACAUCGACCACUGUACACCCGCCCCUAUCGCUUGCAGCUGCCAAGGAGUUGUGGAUCUUCUGGUAUGGCGAGGAGCCGGAUCUAUCGGAGCUGGUCGAUGCGGAUCUACUUAAAAUAGCGGCCAAUCAAUCGCUCUGGAAUGGCACCUGGAAGGGCGAGCUGACCUACGAGUGUCGGUCGCUGCUCUUCAAGGCACUGCACAAUCUCAUGGAAAGAUUCGUGCUAACCAAGGACAUUGUGCGCUUCGGCAAAUGGUUCGUGCAGCCCUGCACUUCCAGCGAUCGUCUCUUUGGGCGCAGCUCGCAGCAUUUGUCGUUUUCCUUUACCUUCUUCGUGCAUGGUGACACGGUCUGCGCUUCAAUCGAUUUGCGCGAGCAUCCUGCGGUGCGUCCUUUGACCAAGGAGCACUUGGCCGAGGCAGCGGCUGCCUUUGCUGCUGCCAGUGGGGGCGGAGCAGCGGGAGCACGUGGCCAGGAUGCAAGCGGAACAGCUCAACUGCCGGCGAAUUCACCACUGCUGGAUGCGGCAACUGGAAAUGGAACUGGCGAGAAGUCGGCGGCGACGUCGACAGCGACGCCAACGCAGGCGCGCAAGGUAAUGCUGGCGCCUUUUGGCAUUGCGGCAAUACUCACGGGGAAUAGCUACAAGGCGAGCGAUCCAAUGGCCGAAAAGAUACUCGAGGACUGGGCCUCGUUCUUUCCGCUGUGCAAUAAGGACAACACGGAUGUGCCGCCCGUCGUGGAGGUGGUAUCGGGUGGACAUAAGAUGUACCAUCCCACAAAUUAUGUACUAGUCACGGAUCUGGAUGACAUGGAAGAAAUGGAAUUCGCUGAGCUGCACGGCAAAGCAAACGGUGCAAGCAGCGAUCCACAGACAGCAGCAACAACGGGAACGGGAGCGACGCAGGCAGCGGCAGCACAAGCGCUGUCCAUGGCGGCGUCAGCAGCGGCGUUAGCAGACGCCAAGGAAUCGCGUAAGGCGGCAACGCAAGCGGUCAGCGCUCUGGAACGCCUAACGUUUCAGCCCUACUAUGAUCAGCGGCCCACAUCGGGCUUCACCUUCAAUACAAAUAAUACUCAUAUACCCCCAUCGGCGGCCAUUGAAAUGCCGGAGCGUGCCUGGCAGGAUUGCAUAAUGAAUACGCUGCAUGUGGACGCAGCGGCAGCGGCGGCGGCAGCAGCCGCAUCAGCCGACGAGGAGGAGAGCAAGCAAACGGAUUCCAAGCAGCUGGUUCAGCAGCAAAUCCAACAACAGCAGCAGAAGCAACGCCAAAAGUUGUGGAACUUUGUGGAUCCCAUGCAAAAGGCGCCCUGCAUAUGUACCAAACAUCUCAGCAACGCUUCAGGAGGCGGCGGUGGCAGCAGUGCCACGCCCUGCCAUGGAGGAACCGGAGCGGGCAGCGCUUCAACUUAUUCACGCAAUUCCGUGGGCGAUUCAUCGUCGAUGCCGCCGAUUGCAUCCUCCUCAGUGGGUUCACCCGCCACGCCAGCACCAUCACCACAUCCGCUUUCCAAUUCGGCGCACUCGCAGCCCACGUCGGUGCCGCCCGCCGCUGAGCAACUGCUCAACAUGAGUCCACAUGCGCCCACAUCAGUAUCGAAUCUUCAGCAACCGCCUACGCCCAUCGAUCACCUGCUGGACAAGAAUACGCCAGCGCCCACGCCCACGGAUCAGCACGAUAGUAAGAGCAUAACUGCCUCGCCUUAUGUACAUCAAACACCGAGUGUGGAGCCUCCCACUUACGCGGAUCACGGGUCACAGGGUGGUGCACCUGCCACUCUGAAUGCGCCCGGCAGUGUACCCCAGCAGCAGCCUGCGACGCCAACAGCAGGCGGAGCAGCAGCUGGAGCAGCGGCAGGAGCAGGACCAGGAACGGCAACGGGAGCGGGCACUGGAGCUGCAGCAGCAGCAGGAGCAGGAGCAGCAACAGCAGCACCUGGAUCUGGUGCGCAAUGUGGCACGAUUAGCGUUAAGAAGCUGGAGAUGCAGCAGCAGCAGCAGACGACGAUUAAACAGGAGCCGGGCACAGGGCGCGGCAUCGAUGGAACCAGCACCAUGGAAGCUGUCACCAAUCUCUUCAAUCUAUACAAACCGCCACAGCUGACGCUUAAGGAUGGCGACAGCGUCUACGACGAGGAAUGGCUUACAGAGGUCUACGAUUUCAGCUAUCAAGAGUCCUGGGACAAUCUGCCCGUCAAGCGACCCAAGCUGAAUGAAUCGGUCAAGCUGCGACAUCCGCGCUACGCCAAGAAUCUGUACGAGGGGCACACGCACUUCAAGCCACUGAUGCCCUCGCCGGGCUCUGUCUACGGCUCGCUGCUGACCAUUGAAGGCGGCACUGUGGCAUCACUCGGAGCUGCGAGCGAGAGUGGGAAGGGAGCGGGCGGCGCAGGCGGUGGACUGGUGGGCAUAGCCACGAAUGCAGGCUUCGGCAAUGCAGCCGGCGCAGAUGAGGCGGACAAUGCGCUCGUCAAGAGUGAAGCUCCAUCGGCGGCGGGCGACGGAAGCAGCUUCUUCCCCUGCCUGGACAUCAAGACGGAGCCAGGCUUGCACUCGCCCUGCAAGGAAACCAAAUCCACCAGCACUGCGGGCAGCGGCGGUGGCAAUCUGUUCACAGCGGAGGGCCUGAAUCCCUCGCUCAACGACCUGGAGCAGCUGUUCGAGACGAGCUCGAAUGACGAGUGCAGCAGCGUGCAGAUUCACACGCCGCCCGACUCCAACAAUCCCUCGAAUGGCGGCUGCAGCGCUGUCACCAACACCAUCGACGAGCUGAAGCGCAGCACCGCCGUGACGAGCGCUGUGGUGGCCGCUGUCGUCGCCAGCAGUGGUGCGGGCAGCAUUCAAGCCGAAGACCUAACCAAAAUGUUUCCCACGCCGCCCUCGCACGAGCAGCAGCAUCUCAACCUGAGUCCCUGCCAAACGGACGUUGUCAUGACCGAUCUGAGUGUGGAUACGACGACGACAACAACAACAAACAGCGUGCUGGUGGUGCCCUCAGCAACAAUCACAACGGCAGCAGCCACAGUUGCAGCAACAGCUACGUCAGUGGGCCUCGGAGUCAUGCUGAAGAUGGUCAAGCAGGAAUACAGCGUGGAGCUGGGCAGUCCCGUCGAGGAGCCCAUCGAUGAUUGGAGCUAUGUCUAUAGGCCGCCACAGCAGGAGAAGUUCGUUGGCUCCUCGCGCUAUGCACCGCUCACCAAUCUGCCCAGCCAGACGCUGCCGCCUCUGCAGCUGCCCGCCAAUUGCUUCUACAAUCCCACCUGGAGCCACAGCCAAAAGUCGCGCGCCGCGACGCUAGCAAAGGCGGCCGCCGCGCAGCAGCAACAGCAGCAGCACCAGAAGCAUCAGCAGCUGCAGCAGCGCAUCCAGCAGCAUCAGCAAAUGCAGCAGCAACACCAACAGCAACAGCAGCAACAGCAGCAGCAACAGCAACAGCAACACCAGCAGCAACAGCAGCAGCAGCAGCACAAACAGCUGCACGACCUGCUUUCGGCUGGUCCUCGAACUCCGAUGAGUACAGCGAUGCCCUCGCCCUCAACAGUUCCACAGCCGUUGAGCAGCGGUGGCAGCCAAUUGCUGCUGAAUCAGCUCAACUGCCCGCAGGCGCCGCCCGGCAGCUCGAUGCAGCAGCUGAUGCAGCGGGCGGGCAUGUCGCCCAUUCCGUCGCCUGGCGGUCCAGGAGUGGUGCCAUUUCCGCGCAGCAGUCCCAUGCAGCAGCAUCAUCCGAUGCGACAGACGCCCACGCAUCCGCCUCCUCCGUAUCCGUAUGAGCUGGCUGCUGCUAGUCCGGCCACGUCCACAUCCUCGUCGUACCUCAACAAGCCGUACGGCUCUCAGGAGCCGCCAGGACAUCCGCAUACGCCUCACCACGUGUACGGCUCGAUGAGCGGAGGAGCCGCAGGCGGAGCUGCUCUCAUGUCGGGCGAUUCCAAGCUGGCCAUGAUGCAGUAUACGGGGGGCAGUGCACCGGAAUCGGGAACGGGUGCAGCAGCAGCUGCUGCUGUGAGCCUGCUGCAGGAGCUGCCGGAAGUGAACUCUGUGCUGGUCAACAUCCUGCUCUACGACACGGCACUGAAUGUCUUCCGGGAUCACAAUUUCGACAGCAGCAGCGUCUGCGUCUGUAAUGCGGACACGCAGAAGAUCGGGAAUAUACGUGGCGCGGAUUCGGGAGUUUAUGUGCCGCUGCCGGGCAGCAGCUUCAAUCCCUUUCCAGCUCAACGAGGAGGCUCGAGUGGAGCCGGAGGAGGUGGAGCUGGUGCUGUCACGCCUUAUAAUCAGUAUGCAGGAGCAGGAGCAGGAGCUGGAGCUGGAGCUGGUGGUCUGCGCAUGUUGAGUGCCUUUGGCGGUGGGCUGGACUCGUCGCCAGUGGCUGCUGCUUUGUCCGGAGCUGGCUCCGUGCAUGGCCAUGGCCAUGGACCCAAUGGUGGCUCCAGCGGCUCCUCAUCCUGUACACCGCCCAGCAGUAAUCCGCACAUAACCGGCUACGUCGACGACGAUCCCGUGGAGUGCACGUGCGGCUUCAGCGCUGUGGUCAAUCGGCGACUGUCGCAUCGGGCCGGUCUCUUCUACGAGGAUGAGCUGGAGAUUACGGGCAUUGUGGACGACCCGGCGAGGAAUAAGCAGCCCACUCUGCUAGCGCUCAUCCAGUCGCUGUGCCGCAAGGGCGCCAACAACAACAACAACAAUAAUAAUAACAACAAUAACAACAGCAAGGAUGCCUCCGCGGGCAAGGAGCUGGAAAAGCUGACGGGCACAGCGCAGCAGCAGCUGGAGCAGCUGGCGCAUGCCAUAUUCGAUCUGCUGCUAGAUCAGUGCUCCAUCAUACAAAGCUCCAGCAGCUCGGUGCAUCGAGCUCUGCAGGCGCACCGCCGGAGGAUGUCGAGACAACGUCGGCUGGGCGCCUCGGUGGCCAGCAUUGCGAAUGUGCUGGAAUUCACGGAUGCCCACGAUGUGGUCAGCUUGGCGCUGGAGCAGGCGCGUCUGGCGUUCGAGAACCAUCGCCUGGACAUGAAUCUCCUCGAGUUCGGACAUGGACAUGGCCAGCAUGGCGGUCAACAGCAUCAUCCGCAGCAUCCAAACCAGCCCCAUCACCCGCACCAGCAACAACCACAGUCGCAGCAACAGCUCAUGGCCUUCCAGGCGGCGCCCGCUCUUCGCCAGAAACUCUUGAGUCUGGGCAGCAGUCGUCUAACGGUGCACAAGUGGCCCUAUCUGCCAGUGGGCUUCACCCGCAGCAACAAGGAGAUCGUCCGGACUAUGAAUGCCAUCCAGCCCAUGCUGCAGAGCGCCUUCCACUGCAAGUCGCGAGGCGGUGCAGCGGGCUCCAAGGACGCCAGCUCCUACAAUACGGUGAGCGGUCCUUUGACCUGGCGGCAAUUUCACCGGCUCGCCGGACGAGCCUCUGGACAGUGUGAACCACAACCCAUACCUUCGGUUGUGGUGGGCUACGAAAAGGAUUGGAUAUCUGUGGCGCCACAUUCCAUUCACUACUGGGAUAAGUUCCUGCUGGAGCCCUAUUCCUAUGCUCGGGACGUGGUCUACGUCGUCAUUUGUCCGGACAAUGAUCACGUCGUCGCGAGCACUCGCACCUAUUUCCGUGAACUGAGCAGCACGUAUGAGAUGUGCAAGCUGGGUCGCCAUACGCCCAUCCGUGGCUGGGACGGCAUCCUCCAGGUGGGCGUAUCCGAAAGAGAGGUGACGACUCCGCUGGACGAUUGGCUACGUACGUUGGACUAUGCACCGCUGGCGGAGCAGAUUAGACGUUACGCUAUUGCCUUUAUGCAUCAGCUGGCGCCUUAUCUGAGUCGCGUGCCUGGUGAUAAGACACUGCUCAAUCCGCCAGAUCCUGCUGGCAGUCAUUCCACAAAAGCUGGUGUUACUCAGCCGCCAACAGCUGCAGAGCAUCCGGAGCAGCCGGUGAUCAAGCAGGAGCCGGGCACCGAGCAGCAACAGCAGCAGCAGCAGCAGCAGCAACAAUCGGGCUCAACCCAGGCGAGCAGCAAUCAGGAGCAGGACAGCAAGGCGGAUGUUAAGGGAGGCGCAGCUGGAGGCGAUUCCAAGCCAGCUCUGGUGCUGGGCGAUCCACUGGGCAUGGGCGAAACCUUGGAGGACAUUAAUCCUUCAGCCAUUGUGCUGUAUGUGGUGAAUCCGUUCACCUUUGCCUCCGACAGCUUCGAGUUGGAGCGACUCGCACUGAUUGCGCUGCUCCGCUGCUAUGCGGAGCUCUUGAAGGUGGUGCCAGACUCGGUCCGUGCGCAGAUGAACAUCCAGAUCAUCUCGCUGGAGUCCAUCAUGGAGCUAGGACCCUGCGGCAAUCGUCGUCGCUUCUCGGACGAGAUCAAGUGCUUGGCGCUGAACAUAUUCUCGCAGUGCCGUAGGCAUCUGGUGCAUGCGCAGCCCGUGAAGAGUCUGACGGGCUUUGGCACGGCGGCCAACAUGGAGGCGUUUCUCAAGACCAAAGAUGAGCCGAAUCGACGCCCCUAUAAGAUGUACACCGCUCCAUUUGUGCUGGCGCCCAUGCACGAGCGUAACGACAAGACGGACUUCUCCCGCGCAGCGGGCAGCAUGCAUGGCCAGAAUGAGACGCGCUACUCAGUGAUGUAUUGCAAUUACUGCCUGAGCGAGGAUCAGUCCUGGCUGCUGGCCACCGCGACGGAUGAGCGAGGCGAGCUGCUGGAGAAGGUGUGCAUCAACAUCGAUGUGCCGAACCGUGCCAGAAGAAGAAAGGCGCCCGCGCGCUAUGUGGCGCUGCGUAAGCUCAUGGACUUCGUCAUGGGCCUCAUCUCGCAGACGUCGCAAAUGUGGCGACUGGUGAUCGGCAGGAUCGGCCGGAUUGGUCAUAGCGAGCUCAAGUCCUGGAGCUAUCUGCUCAGCAAGCAGCAGCUGCAGAAGGCCUCCAAGCAGUUCAAGGACAUGUGCAAGCAGUGUACACUGAUGUAUCCGCCUACCAUUCUGAGUGCUUGCCUGGUCACCCUAGAGCCAGACGCCAAGCUUCGCGUGAUGCCCGAUCAGUUUACGCCCGAUGAGCGCUUCUCCCAGAUCUCGAUGCAGAACCCGUUGUCGACGCCGCAGGAUGUCACCUGUACGCAUAUCCUGGUCUUUCCCACCAGUGCGGUCUGUGCGUCCUUCACACGCCAAUUCCAGAACGAGCCUCAGGUGGACGAUGACUUCAUCUUUGGCGAGGAGGAGGGCAACGAGGACUUCAGCGAUGCGGACAUUGGCGAUCUCUUCUGGGACUCUCACAUGGAUCGCGUCUCAAAUCACGGCAGUCCAGGACGCAUGGAGGACAACCGCAGCUGGCAAAGCGCUGGAGGCAACAAUUUCAAAUGCACGCCACCGCAGGAGGUCGAGGAGGUGGGCUCCCUCAACCAGCAGCCCAUUUCGGUGGGUUACAUGGUGUCGACAGCGCCCACGGGUCGGAUGCCCGCCUGGUUCUGGUCCGCCUGUCCGCACCUGGAGGAUGUGUGUCCCGUCUUCCUAAAGACCGCGUUGCAUUUGCAUGUGCCUAAUAUACAGAUAGCCGAUGAUAUACUCAACUCGACCAAUGCUCACCAAUCGGCCAAUGAUCAUCCGUUGGACUCGACACUAACGGCCGACGUGCUACGCUUUGUGCUGGAGGGAUACAAUGCGUUGUCCUGGCUGGCACUCGAUUCCAAUACGCACGAUCGUCUGUCCUGUCUGCCCAUCAAUGUGCAAACGUUGAUGGAUUUGUACUAUCUAACGGCGGCCAUAGCAUAGAGCACAAUAUCUGAAACAACAGACCAUUAACAUUAGCAGUAGCCGUAACAGUAACAGUAACAGUCGAUUGCUUCCGUUUGCUGUACUUCCAUUAACAUAGCGAACUAUCCAAAACAGUAACAAAAGAAAACAAAACAGUGCAAAAACCAGCAAGUUAACAGU